UUUUCACACUAUGUCUAUAUGAAACUCCAAGAGACACUACUUCAGGUUCAGGGUCUAGAGAGAGAGAGAGAGAGAUGGGAAGAACAAGGUGCUUCUUGGACAUCAGCAUAGGUGAAGAGCUUGAAGGAAGGAUAUUGGUGGAGCUUUUCAACGAUGUUGUACCCAAAACUUGUGAGAAUUUCAGAGCUCUCUGCACUGGAGAAAAAGGCAUUGGUCCAAACACUGGUGUGCCUCUCCAUUUCAAGGGAUCUUGCUUUCAUCGUGUUAUUAAAGGCUUUAUGAUCCAAGGAGGCGAUAUAUCUGCUGGAGAUGGUACAGGAGGAGAAUCUAUAUAUGGACUUAAGUUUGAAGAUGAAAAUUUUGAGAUGAAGCAUGAAAGGAAAGGGAUGUUAUCAAUGGCAAACUCUGGUCCUGAUACAAAUGGGUCUCAAUUUUUUAUUAGCACUACCCGAACGUCUCAUCUAGAUGGUAAGCAUGUUGUGUUUGGGAAAAUAGUCAAAGGAAUGGGAGUGGUCCGUUCAAUUGAGCAUGUUACGAUCGAUGGAGACCGUCCCGUUGUUGAUGUUAAAAUUGUGGAUUGUGGAGAAAUUCCUGACGGAGAAGAUGAUGGGACAUCUAACUUUUUCAAAGAUGGUGAUACUUAUCCUGAUUGGCCAGCAGACCUUGAUGAGAGCCCUGAUGAACUGGACUGGUGGAUGAAAUCUGUUGACUCAAUUAAAUCUUUUGGCAAUGAGCAUUUCAAGAAACAAGACUACAAAAUGGCUCUAAGGAAGUAUCGUAAGGCUUUACGCUACCUGGAUAUUUGUUGGGAGAAAGACGACAUUGAUGAAGAGAAAAGUUCGAGUAUGAGGAAAACUAAGUCUCAGGUUUUUACAAACAGCUCUGCUUGUAAGUUGAAAUUGGGAGAUCUUAAAGGAGCAUUAUUGGAUACAGAAUUUGCAAUCCGUGACGGAGACAACAAUGCCAAAGCUUUGUUCCGGCAAGGGCAGACAUACAUGGCACUCCAUGACAUUGAUGCUGCAGUUGAAAGCUUUAAGAAGGCACUAACCUUGGAGCCUAAUGAUGUUGGAAUAAAAAAGGAACUCGCUGCUGUUAGGAAGAAGAUAUCUGAUAGACGCGAUCUAGAGAAAAAAGCAUUUAGCAAGAUGUUCCAAUAGCAAAUGUUUACUCUCAAGCUCUCUGUUACACAGAUACAGGUUUUAUGUAAAAGGUUGAGGCUUGAACCCAUUGUACUAAAAUUCUUACAAAUGAGGUUCAGAUGAUUCUAAUUUACGUUUUGUUACGUGAUGAAAUUUUUAGCCAACAAUUUUGUCAACUUCAAAUUUUACCACGAACUCUCGAAUCAUUCUAUUUUGUGGUGAUUCUAGUGAUUGAAAUGCAGCUCAGAUGUUGGACAACA